AUGUCCACCCCACGAAGGAGAAUUGAAACGGAUGUCAUGAAACUAUUGAUGAGUGACUAUGAAGUCACUCUGGUCAAUGAUAAUAUGCAAGAGUUCUAUGUCCGUUUUCAUGGACCAACUGACACUCCUUUUACUGGCGGUGUGUGGAAGGUUCAUGUUGAAUUACCUGAUCAGUAUCCCUACAAAUCCCCGAGCAUAGGAUUCAUCAACCGUAUCUUCCAUCCCAACAUUGAUGAAGUGAGUGGAUCAGUCUGUUUGGAUGUAAUUAAUCAGACAUGGAGUCCAAUGUUCGACAUGAUCAAUAUCUUUGAAGUGUUUCUACCACAACUUCUUCGUUACCCUAACCCUACUGAUCCACUUAACGGAGAGGCCGCUGCACUAUUGAUGCGCGAGCCUGCAAAGUAUGAGAUAAAAGUUAAAGAACACGUUCAACUCUAUGCUACAAAGGAGGCUGCUGAUGCAGUUUCAGAUGGUAGCUCGGAUGAUGAUGAUAUGAGCUCUGUAAGCUAUGCUUCCGAAGAUGAAGCCGCUGGUAUGGAGCUUUGAUUAUUAUAUAUUUAUAUAUAUACAUAUAUAUUGAAUAAAGCAUUUGGACUAUACAUAU